CACUGGAUGUGUUGUUGUUUUUGUGUUUCUCGUUUCUCGUGUUUCUCUUUGCCUUUAUUGUAAAAACUACGAAUUAUAAUUUUUACAUUGUUUAUUUAUAGAAUAAUAAAUUAGUUUUCACAUUCGUGGCAAAGAUAUUAGCGAAGUAGGCCAUGGUUUAUUUACACUUUCCCGUUAACCUCACGGAAGAGGAGUUAAUGUUACAAGCAAAAUAUCAAAAGUUGAAGAAAAAGAAGAAAGCUUUACAGGCACUGAAAGCACCAAAGCAGGAACCUGAAAAGCCGGUACUGCCGAAACGGCCCACUGAAGCUCGGGAUGCCCGGGAGAUUGCUCGAAAACUUAUUAAAAGUGGCGCUAUUCAGGCGAUUAAAAGUCCACCGCCUCAACCUCAAAAUGCUACUUUUAAAAGGCCACGGGCAGGCCGAGAACGCAAGUUGAGUGGUUCAGCUGGAGCUACGGGUGGCGUCGCCUCGUACCAGCCAUUCAGUGCUUCGCAGGAGCCCCCUCCGCCUGAAGAAAAGUCAUCACCAAGAGUCAAAUACCUAUAUGACUCCUUUGUAACUGCUAGGGAGAAGGAAGAAAAAGGCAACAGAACACCAGCAAGCAGCUCCACAGCUGGUGGCGAAACACCCACCCCAACUGCUAGGCCUCCCAUUGUCAACAACACAGUACUGAUCAUCGGUCCCAACCUGUCUGAGGACCUGAUGAGGCGGCGCCUGGCCACCUACGAACCCUUCACAUUCAUGCAGGAGCUUGAUGAAGACAAGAUCUACCUAACAUUUGAGAACCCGGAAGUGGCAUCAAGAGUCCUUGCUACUCUGGAAGGCUCGGAGGAAGGCUGGCGCAUAUCGCUGACCCGCAAGCCGGCGCCCAAGGAGGCGUGGACCCCCGCCCCCUCGCCCCGCAACCCGCCCCCGCCCAAGGACCUCAAACGAACCCUGGUCGCCUAUGAUGACAUAUUUGAUUGAUAUAGUAGCUAAAGCAUGUCCACGGCAGAAUACCUUGCCAGUACGAAGACGCCACUGAAGAUACAAUUUGCCAACAACACUGCCUCCCCAAAGGGUAUUCCUACGGUAUUUGUGUCAGCUACCGGUGCAGCUGUGUUUGAUUCUCAGUGACAAUAAAUAAUAAUAGAAGAUUAUCGAUUGUAAAGUGUAAAAUAAUAAUUUUAAAUUUAAAUAAAUAAAUAUGAUUUAGACUG